AUGUACGAGCCCCACCACAACCUCAAGCCCCUCCACGACAACAUCAAUCCCACCACUACAACCUCAAUUCCCACCACAACAACCUCAAGUCCCACAACAACCACAAGUCCCACAACAACCUCUAGCCCCUCCACGACAACCUCAAGUCCCACUACCUCUUCAGGCCCCACCACAACAUUAAGAACCACCACCUCAACAUCAAGCCCCUCCACAACCUCAACUCCCACCACAACCUCAAGUCCCACCACCACGUCAGUACCCACCACAACUUCAGUUCCAAUUACAACGUCUGGCCCCACAACCACGUCGGACACCACCACAACCUCAAGUCUCACCAACACAACAUCAAGCCCCACCACCACAACAUCAAGCCCAACCACCACAACAUCAAGCCCCACCACCACAACAUCCAGCCCCACCACCACGUCACGUGCCACCACCAUGUCAGGCACCACCACAACCUCAAGUCUCACCACCACAACCUCAAGUCCCACCACAACAACAUCAAGUCCC